CUUGCAAAUACCGGAUUUAUAGUUAGGUUGAUUUAUGUUGACAAAAAGUAAACCUCAUGAAAAAUGAGCAAGUUAGUGACUUCAUUUCAAUGUGAAUGCAUUGCCUUUGAUGGAACGUCGACCUCUCCAACAUGGAUGCUACGUAGACACAUUAAACAGCAAUCGAUGGCCGAUUCGUUCAUGCUCUAUGAUGUGACGUCAAGAACUUCAUCCAAUCACCUCGCAAUACAAAAUGUUACGUGAUGACGUCGCUGAUAUGACGUUAUGGUACCCAAUAGUCAAUAAGCUAGCAGCGAAGGGAUGGAGAGAGUUCACACUGAGCUUAUUUUAAAAACAGUAAACAAAAAUAAUUCUAUGUAUAACCUCGUUUGCGUGUGUUUUACUUAAACUAGUUAGAAAACAGAAUUUUAAUUGGUUUCCAGCCGAGUGGAGCUUUAGCGGGAAGGUCGAGCGAUGCUAGCAGGUGUUAGCAGGUGCUAGCGGGCGGAGGAGGAGGAGGAGGGCUCGCGGUCAUCAUCAUCAUGCGCGUCCGGGCACGCAUGCACCCACGGCCGCCAACACGUCAGGCCAUGUCGGAGUGAACCGUUCGUCCGAGCGAGAACGAGGAGAGAGGCGAGAAGACCAGCGGCGGGCGGCGACUGGCAGGAGGGGAGCGUCUUUGGGAUCUGUUGGACUACAUCAGCAACCAUGGGUGAGCAGCCCAUCUUCAGCACGCGGGCGCACAUCUUCCAGAUCGACCCCACCACCAAGAAGAACUGGCUUCCCACCAGCAAACACGCCGUCACCGUUUCGUACUUCUUUGACAGCACCAGGAACGUCUACCGGAUCAUCAGCCUGGACGGAUCCAAGGCCGUCAUCAACAGCACCAUCACCCCCAACAUGACCUUCACCAAGACCUCCCAGAAGUUCGGCCAGUGGGCCGACAGCCGCGCCAACACCGUCUACGGGCUCGGCUUUUCGUCCGAGAGCCACCUCAGCAAGUUUGCGGAAAAGUUUGCAGAGUUCAAGGAGGCGGCACGACUCGCCAAGGAGAAAUCGCAAGAGAAGAUGGAGCUCACCGGCGCGCCCUCGCAGGAGUCCACCAGUUGCCCUCUUCAGUCACAACUGACGGCCGAGGGUGUGAACGGCACCGAAGACAACAGAGUGGCGGCGGAGACACCUCAGCCUGCAGAGGCCCGAGGCGAGCCCUCCCACAAUGCACUUCCCUUCUCGCACAGUUCCUCCAGCAUUGGGAAGCACUUGGAGGCGGAGCUGGCAGCGCUCAAGGGCAACAACGCUAAGCUAACGGCGGCGCUGCUCGAGUCCACGGCCAACGUCAAGCAGUGGAAACAGCAGCUGGCCGCCUACCAGGAGGAGGCGGAGCGGCUACACAAACGGGUGACGGAGCUGGAGUGCGUGAGUGGCCAAACCACGGCGGUGAGAUCGGAGAAAACUGAGUUCAACCGCACCGUCGAAGAGCUCGAGGCGGCGCUGAAGGCCAAGGAGGAUGAGUUGGAAUGUCUCAAAGCGGAGGUGCAGAGUGCCAACCAGUUUCAAUCCCAAAGAGACUCGCUCACGCAGAAGCUACAGGAUGUGGAGCGUCGAAACGAGGCGCUGGAGCUGCAGCUAGGCGAGCUGGAGCAGCGCGUGGAAGCCAACCGUCGGGAGCGCGAGGUCUUCCGCCAGAGUCUCGGCUCGCUGCUGCAGCUGCUGGACGGCAAGAUCUUCGAGCUGACCGAGCUGCGGGACGCUCUCGCCAAGCUGCUGGAGUGCAGCUAGUGACGCGGGGCCCAGACGGUCUUCCGGCGGAUGAGCGUUCCGCCGUUUUUCACUGCCACGGCACGGGACUGGAACGUCUCGAGAUGUUUACACACUUUCUACGCAUUUAUGGUACUCGCUCACGAUUUGCCACGCCCACUCGGAUCGUUUACACCAGCCGCGUGAAAGGCCGGGAUCAUGAUAAUGCCUUUCCCGCCAUCACACUGGAUUUUUUUUUUUUUUUACCCCCUUGCUUAUUCAACCAUUACACUCUGGGGGGAGGGGCCUCCCGCAUUAUUAUUAUUUUUUUUAGGACAUCAUCAGCCAAAUGAACCAAUGGUGCGAGGACUUUACGACGGUACGCUGUUCUCUCGUAGGACUUGGAGACGAUCGCCAGCCGCCGAGCAGCAAUACAAAGAAGACGACGCGGCCGAGCGUUUAGCCCGAGCGUCGUCACUGUCAGGUACUUUGCUUUCACCUUUGUGGCGAAAAUUGCGACUCCAUUUGAAAAAAAUAAUUAUUUAAUAACGGGCAAUAUUUUUGAACUAUUUAUCUAUUAACGAAAGCUUUUUGUAUUUUUUUUUUUUUUUUUGCCAAAUUAUUAUUUUUUUUUCUGUACAGAAUUUUUUUUUUGCUGACGUUGCCUUUUGGUCAGUUGUUGAUUUGUUGCCAAAAAAUGGAAGGAAAAAAAAACGUCGGGAAAAACACGUCGUGACUUUAAGGGCUUGUCGCUUACAAAAUUUUUGUUUUGGAGUUUCUAGUAAAAUGUCAAUUGAAUGAAAGGAGAUGUAUGGAUUUUUUUCCCCCUCAAUUUAAAAUAAAGAGUUAUGAGAGUA